AUGGAAAAGAAUGCCAUCAACAAAGUAUGCGAUUGCAAACUUCACUGGAGUGAACGAUUUCGGCCUGUGGCGCUUGAAGAUGAAAACCUUACUAGUUUAGCAGGGUUGGUUAAAAGCGUUGAAGGGAGCUACAACCAUGGACGCUGCGUUAACGGAGAAGGAGAAAACGACUAUGGUAGAGAAAGCCCACAACACCAUCUUAUUGAGCCUUUGGUUAAUGCUGAUAGAGAGCUUGGUCUCGAAGCUCUAAAGCAGAAGGAGAUAGUAGAUUUUCUAAAGACAGUUGGGCUGAUGAAGACAGUCUCUGAGCUUGGGCCUUGCUAUACAAAAUUGGUCAAAAAAUUCAUUGUGAAUCUCUCUGCUGAUGUUAAAAAUGAAGAAAGUCAAGAAGAGUAUAUGAGGGUGUUUGUUAGAGGAUUAUGUGUUAAGUUUUCUCCAAAGGUUAUUAAUGCAUAUUUUGGUAGAAGCAAGUCUGCAUAUUAUGAUGAUAUUCCAUCUUUGGAUCAGAUUGCCACGAAGAUUACUGCAAACUGGAAACCUACAAAUCAAAAAUCCACUAUUACGUUAGCAUUGGCCAAGCUAAUUUUUCAAAUAGGAAUAAAGGCCAAGAUAAACUUCAGUGAAUUUGUUUUUGAGCAAACAAUGAGGCAUGCUGAAUCAUUUGCUUUAAAAUUACCAAUAGCCUUUUCUUAUAUUAUCUUAGGUAUCAUCUUAAAACAUCACCCUGAUAUUAUGAAUCAAGGAUAUAUUAAGGGUAAAAAGGUCUUGCCUUUGACUUUUAACAGGAAGCUGUUUAUUGGAACACGUGUCCCAAUCAUUGUAAUGCCUCAACACAAAAGUCAAAUUGUUAGUGGGAGUUUCUCUCAUAUUUCCAAAGCCAUCAGGAACAACUUGCUUCUUGAAUUAAAUGAAAUCUCUACGGCUCUUCAAGAGGCUAUUACUACUUGUAUUACCAUAAAGGAGAAUGUAUAUGAACUGAUCAAAACACUGUCCAAGAAGAAGGAAGAUGACAAGGCAGAAGAAAUACACAGAGAAGAGGAAAAGAAAGAGUAUUUUUCAAGUGAUGGAGUAACUGAGAGUGAAAACGAGGAAUCUGGAAGUGAAGAAGAGGAGGACAACUCUGAAGAUUAA